AUGGAGAGAGUGCGGAUACGUACAAAGCAAAUAGAGGCGCCCGCGCGUUGGCCGAAGGAUUACGAGGUCGUGGGUGUGUGCCUCUGUGUGCGUGCACGUCGCCGCGCCUUAUCUGUGAACAUCACCCUCCCCCAGCCCCUCUCGAACCCCUCCAGAGGCCUCGCAAGCGCGGGCGCGGGCGUCCGGAGCUUCGGGGGCCAGCUGCUGAGAUAUCGCGAUAGCAUCCCCGAUACGUGCGCCUCCACCCCACCCCCCGGCCCCGCGGGGAUCACGCGCCGCCGACGUGCGCGCCGCGGCCGCCGCCUUCCUCGCACCGCACUAUUGACUCAACGAGGGGGCAAACGUGCUCGAAACCGAUACAAGCAGCGAACCAAACUGGUCGAAGUGUUGUAUUUGUGCCGUGUUGUCGAGUGUGCCGGUGAAGCCGCUGCGGCCGCCGCACUCGCCGCCAGCCUGGGGCGAGCCCCCGCCGCCCACCGUACUCUGUUCGAAGCUUUGUUCGAAGAUGCCCACUCUUCUGAUCUGGAGUGGUCAUCGCGCUCCAUCAAAUACCUAUGUAAAUUCAACCGACAAAAAUACGGAGAGCGCGCAUCCGUUUGUAGAGAGCUAGAAAAAUAUUGUGGACGCCUUGGACUGCGAUGUCUACUUAGAGCACCGCACAGGUGGGUCAGUGGGCGGCGAAGAGCGCAUACCAGUCAGUUCGGCGCUAGGCCCUACACUAGGAAC